AAAGGACCAAGCCUUGUCUAAAAGAAUGACUUCGUCUUCCUUCACUCGUUUGCAUCCUCUGCCAGCCUUCAAGAAGAGAUGCCACCGAUCUGGGAUAAAGCUCAAGAAAAGAAGAGAAAGAAAGGAGAUGAGAAGGAGAGUUGUGGAGUUGAAAGGGGAGAUGGAAGAGAGAAGUGAAGAGCAAAAGAUGAUUAAAGAAGAACAAAGGCAAGUUGGAGAGAAACUGGAAGCCAUUGAAGAAGAAUGCGAGAAAUUGAGGGAGGAAACUAAUGCCAUCAUUCGCCAAAGCGCACACACUCAGCUUCGCCUAGCUCUCAUGUUUCAAAUUCUCAAAGCUAGAGAAGAAAAUGACUUCAACAAAGCUUCUCUCCUCACUCACUUGCUUCGUGAGAUAAUCGCAACUUCGACCGUCAAGCAUUGAGUGAUAAAAUUCUCU